AUGGGCAGACAGGGCUCCAACAUGUCGCAGCCAGCUCUCACCGCAGACUACUCCUCCCCUCUCAGCGAGCCCUUCACCGUCUCCCACACCCUCCCCGCCAUCUCCUCCUCCCCCUCCACCUCCGACAAGACGUCCUACCUCGAAGCCCUCCGCGCCUCGAUCGCAGACACCCAGGCCACGAUAAACAAGGAGCUCACAGCUCGAAUGGAGCAAGACAAGGCACGAGACGCCGCCGCCGAGGCGAAAGAGGAGGAGAAUUACGGCGAGGAGGUGCAAGAGGAGGAGGACUGA